ACGUUUAGUUGUUAUUCGUGAGUUUUUCUGAAGAUAUUUUGCUGCAAAAUGGACGUGGAGAAGAUUUGUCGCACUUGCCUAAGUCUCUCGGGUCCAUUUCUGUCCAUCUAUGAUGGUGGUAACGGCAGUUGCUUAGUGGACAUGCUGCGCGAAUUCACCCGCACGAAGGUAUGUCCAACAGUCAGCAGUGAGGCGCAAACGUAUGCGGUAGAAAAAGCGGAUGCGGAGCAAAACACAACAACUGAAGAGCAGUCAAAGGAGCAGGCAACGGCUGUAAUGGAAGAAGAUGAGGAACAGGAAGCUCAGGAGGAGGAAGAAUAUGAUUACGAAUUUACUGAAGAGCAAGAAACAGAAGAGAUACCGUCCAAGGCCAAUGCCGAAAAUAUAAUACUGCAUGUGGAGAAAGACAAUAUCAAGUUCGAGACGGAAAUGGUGUACAAUAAGAAUACGGGCGAGCUAGUUGAACAGCCUGCGGAGACUAAUGCCAAGCAGAAGGAAUACAAGUAUCGGCUUGUCAGUAAUGGUAUUGGUGAUACAUAUAUCUCACGAGAGCCAGCGUCRAAAGAGAAACAAUCGAAACAGCAGGAGUCACAGUYAACGUCCAAGCGCAAUCAACCUGAAGAGCAGAUGGAUGCMAAGAAAACAAAGCUAACACCUGCCGCCGACAUGGAUGAGCUGAAGACGAAGUUCCACUGUGAUCGUUGCAAUGCGGGCUUUGCAUUGGAGAAAUCCCUGAUCAUACAUCGAAGGCAGAACAGCUGCACCCAUCGAAACUUCAAGUGCAAUGAAUGCGAGCGAGUGUUUGUCUCGCUCGAUCAUCUCUCCGAGCAUCAGGCCACACAUGGAGCCUUCAUAUGCCAGGAGUGCGGCCUUCGCUGUGAGUCCAUGGAGCAGUUGGGUAGGCACAUGGUGCAGACGCACAAGCGGAAUCUGCGGAAUCAAUGCAAUGUGUGCCAGAAGGUGUUCACUAUGCUGUCUACUUUACGGGAUCACAUGCGCAUCCAUACCGGCGAGAAACCAUUUGUUUGCAAUGUUUGUGGAAAAGGCUUCACACAGAACGCGAAUCUGCGCCAGCACAAGAUGAGACAUUCGGACAUUAAACGCUUCAAAUGUACCCUGUGCGAUCAUUCGUUUGUGACCAAAGCGGAGUUAACUUCUCAUGGGCGCACUCACACGGGCGUCAAGCCGUACCAGUGCGAAGUCUGCUCCUCCAGAUUUACGACCAGCUGUUCCCUGGCUAAGCACAAACGCAAGCACACUGGCGAAAGACCGUAUGCCUGUGAUCUGUGUCCGAUGCGCUUUACUGCGCUUAAUGUACUCAAGAAUCAUCGACGUACGCACACGGGUGAACGUCCCUACGUUUGUCCCUUCUGCUCGAAAAGCUUUACGCAACGCGGCGACUGCCAGAUGCAUCAGCGAACGCAUCAGGGCGAUAAAAUCUACAUUUGUCCGGUGUGCAGUGAGGAGUUCAAAACGAUGAACGAUAUGCGCACGCAUCUGACAAUGCAUGAGCAGGAUGAUAAGCGUCUGGUUCACUUCACCCUGCUGAGCAAUAAGGAGAACGGGAAUGCGGCGACCCUGGAAGAGGCUGACGAAGAUGAGUCGGAUGCAACCGAUUUACUGUAGACUAGCUAUCCCCGUAAGGGAUUU